AUGGCCGCGGAAUACUUUGACACCAUACACUGCUGGAUGCCAGUUUUGUCGCGCAGGCGCCUGUACGGACUCCUGCUGAACCCCCUCUCUCUUCAGGAACCGGAAAAUGCCCUUCUCUUACUGAGCAUGACUCUAAUCACGUCGAUCCCUGAUCGUCCAGGGAAUGGUUCGCGGCUCUACCAUCUGACAAAGGAAUUCUAUCUGGCUGCCCAAUCCACCGGUUGUGUUACCCUUCAGAUGGUCCAGGCCGGCAUCCUCAUCGCCCUUUAUGAACUCGGUCACGGUAUCUACCCGGCCGCAUUUCUCACCAUCGCCACAAGCUGUAGAUUCGGAACCAUGUUGGGUCUCGACAAAUUAUCGGCAGGCGACGUGACAAACACGGACCGCGAAGAAAACAUCCGAGUCUGGUGGGCAGUACUGAUCGUCGACCAUGCCUUGAAUCUGGGAACUGAAGGUUCCCACCUCUGUGCUCCGGGGCCCGCUCCCCAUGAUCUGUUACCGAUGGAUGACGAUGACUGGGACCGCUCAACGACGGGGUCCAGGGAGUUACACCGACUCUCGAUGCCCACAGAACUCAAGGCGGGCCGUUUUGCUCGGCUUGUGCAGGCGACCGAUCUCUUGGGUCAGGGAUUUCGGUACCUGGCCUCUCUCAAGACGGACACUCAGCCGGAUUUUGACGGCCUUGGCCAGCUAACUCGGACCAUCGCUGCACUGAGCAAUUUGGCCCACGCCGAAAGCCUACAGAGGAGAAUCGUCUUCUGCUGUCCCAUUGCGUGGUAUCCUUAUGAUCAAUACUUCACAUGUCGCCAACUCGUCGUCUACGAAUCUUUCCACUGA